GAAGCGACGCCCGACGUCACAACCGACGUCGCGCAAAAAGAAGCGUUUCGCGCCUGCCUGAAACUGAGCGAUAAGCAAGCGCCGCUUCCGAAAAACAGCGCUCAUUAGUUGCGGUUCAGCUUAUCAAGCUGGUCGGGCAAAACACAUGACCGAAGGGUGGUAAAUCGGGGGGAAAUUCAGGGGCUACAUUCAUAUAGUGGCGCUUUUCUACCGGACUUCGAAGGACUUUUUUUCUUCGAAAAAAAGUUAUUUGUGGUGUAAAGGGGCCGAUGAAUAGACAGCGUUUCGUUAGAGUGCGGAAUGGAAGUGAUCAGCUCUUUUGUGUCUCUUCUCGUUGAGAGUCCGGAUGAAUCCAGAAAGGAGGUGAUUUUGAAAAUUCCCCUUGAAGGCGCCAAUCCAUCACAUUUGUCGGCUAAAAUGGUUCAGGUUGCCCACGAUCCGCAACAAGAAAACGGCCCACUCAUUGCCAGAACAAACACAGAAAAUAUACCGGAUGAUCUGAAAAGAAACAUGGUGCCAUCAGUUACUGAUGAUGCCUACAAGGUGGUCACAAGUUCAAUGAUGGCAGACCAAACCCGGCAGGUGGACCCCGUAACGGCUUUAAGCCUUCUGGAGUCGGCGUUGAUAAACCGAAACGUUCCAAUAGCCAAACACUACAUAUCCGACCUAACUGACCUGAUUAAGAAGGACAAUGCGCUAACGAUACUGAACAGCAUCAGCAAAUGGAUCCACAGUUCUGAGGCGGAUCGGCAGCUCAACUUUGAGCCUUCUGCGCCCCCCCUAGUGGAUAACGCCGCAGAGAGGAAUGACUCUUGGAUGGAGGAGCCGCUCGGGGAACUUCGACAUAAAAUCCUGCAGAAAGUCCAGAAAAAUGGGGAUUUCUAUCUCAAGCACAACGAGUUUCCCAAGUUGCACUAUCAGGACGUUUUCGACAUCACGACCAGCGACGAUCUGCAAGUGUCCAACGAAUUGGUCGUUUAUUGUGCCAUCAUGUGCUGGGCAGAGGCAGAGUGCCAAAGAACAGGCCUGAGCACCGAGGACGUGAACAUCAAAGCGGUGCUUAAGGAUCUUAUUUACGCGCCCAGAUAUGGCUUGAUGUCGAAAAAAGAGUUCAGCGCCCGUACUAUCGAACACCAUAAAGGGCCAGACCGAAUCGGGAUACAAUCUGAGGUGAACGAAGAGAUCAUUCGCUUUAUCAGCAACAAGAAGAGAAUUAACAGAGCGCUACCGCACAAACUGUCCAAAGCGCGAUCAAAGUCCGACGGCGAAGUUAUGAAGGAAAAAGUCAUCAUAAAUUGUUUAACAUGUUUUACUGCGGUCUUUGAUUGAGCCACAAGCUAAGGCAAGCGGUUGAAAACAACAAAUUUGCGUCCCAACCCCCGGGGGAGCGGAAAAUAAAAAAAAAUGUUUGUUUAUUUAUCGUAUGCAUUUUAAGAAAAAAAAUCCGACGAUGAAAACGAACCAUCAAGCGAACUUAAUGCUUUAAUGAUGUAUUUCUAACUAUUGUUAAAAGUUGCGUAAUUUUGUUGUUCUAAACACAUUGUUAUAGUAUAUGUAGAUCACUAUAAAAAUCUUUAAUUUAAAUUAAAUUAUUACCGACCGAACCGUCGACUUUAUGUCGCUUAAGGCACUAGUAAUUAUCGGAAACAACUUAAAGGUACGUCCACAUUGAAGAUGAUUUUAUAGCAAAAAAUAUAUAAAUAUUCAUCAUAAACCACCCCUUUUCUCGCAAAACUGCUGCCAUUAGGGCUUUUGACUCAGAGUACAUUUUUUCUGUUGAAAACAUAAAUCUUCUAGAAUACGUGUGGACAUACACGUAAAUGGUAAAUAUUGUGUCCUCUCGCUGUGAUUUUAGAUGUCAGUUGAUAUAAGUGUUAAUUUGCCCUCUAGUGAUAUAUUUUUAUUCUUAGGCCUACUGAAUUAAGCAUCACCCUGCUCAUUCUCAUGCUAGAACUGUCGAUGUUGAAUGUCUAUUAACAGCAUGUUUGCAUUUUUGCGUAUUUUUAAUAAAAUCCAAAGUUUCCACUUGGGAACAAUUAUUGAAUCCUUUUGCUGUUUAUGAAUGUUUAGAAAAUUUUAAAAUUGUUGACUUAUAUAAUGAAUUGUUUUCAAAGUUCUCUAUCUAUGUUUGAGAUGUUUUAUUAGCCAGUUGUAGUUAAACAAAUUGAAUUGUAUUAAAAAUUUACGAAAUUAUUCGCGUUCUUGCCUCGAAGUGAUCGCAUCGAGUUUCAAAAACGAUCUUCUCAAUUACGUGAAGCGUGAAGCAAUCUCGUUUUUGCCAUAUAAGUGUUCUAUUUUUUCGAAUAGUUUGCAUAUUUACCUGAAUAAUAAAGUUUUUAUGAAAGGAGAAAA